AUGUUGUUUUCGUUAUUGGAUUUUUUAAAAGCAUUUUUGGUGGUUCGAAAUGAUUCUUCAAGAGGAUGGUUUGUUAAUAGUUGCUUUACUCACGGCCAAGCUGAAUACCAAACAAAAUGGUUAGGAUAUCGUUCAUGGAAAUUGAGGCAUAAGGCUAUUGCACAGUCAGUUGGUGAUUGGUUUUACGAUAGAAGCAUAGUCCGAAUAAGCGAUCGCCAAAAUCUCUUGCCACACUAUUGCAUCAACUAACCCAUUUCUUAUGUAUAAGUUCUCUUGGUAUGAGCCAAAUAAUAAAACGAUAAUAAUAAUUAUAAACAAAUUCAUAGAUGUAAUACAUGUCUAAAAGUAUUCAAAUAACGAAUUUGAAAUAUGUGUUGAAUAAAAAAAAUU